AUGGCGUCACCCACAUUGUGUCCGGCUGCCAGAUACUUCAACAGCUCUAGCUUGUCCCAGGAGCCUGACGCCGCCGGCCUGGGCUUCUCCACCGAGUCCCACCAGCGUCAUGUCGGGUCCGUUCCUGUCCAGCUUGUUGAACGAGGACGUCGUGACAUGCUUGGCUCAUACGUCAAUCCUUUCGCGCUGAGCUUCAUCUCGUUCCAGGCCGACAAGGAAAUCUACCUGCCAGAACUACGGCCUUAUAUCAAGUCGAUCCUGACUCUACUGUCCACCUUCUACUACAUGGGUGUCGGACCUCUCAUGAACCUGGCACUUGGCACCUGCAUAACGGCUGUUUUUCUUCGUCUUGCGGGUCGUCGCGUCCAUUUACGGCGCCAAACUGGACGUGUCUCCGGAGAGUAUCACUUUCACACUAUACCGAGCGGGAAACCGGACAAGCCUCCUGGGUCAACAGUGUUUCCUACCCACGGAAUCUCGGUCUCUUUCGGCACAGCGCCCAGAGAGUACACUUCACGGUACCACAAGAAGAUGCAGCAACGCAUUAUCGAGCGCAACGAAGGCGGCGUCGAUUGGCUAAAAUCGGAUUAUGUGGUGUACACACUGGAUGUGGUCAACACAUCGUACUUAAAUGCCUUUCGAAUUUCAUUUUGCCCCCAUUUUAAAACGGAAGCCGCGGAACGCCACGUUACUCAAGCCUAUCAAUAA